GUUCGAGCUUGUUUGUUUCUGAAGUUUUCCAGCACUGUCGUAUGAGAAAAAAACUUAAUUUCAUUUUGUUCAGACGUGUUCUGGGUGUUUUUUUUUCGUAAUAAAAGUUUGCCAACAUAUUUUCCCCGUGUGAAUUCGUGCGCAAGCAGUUACGUGAAUGCCGUUAAUAGUUAUUCAGCGUCAAAAGAGUUAAUCAAAAGGAAAACUGAAGCGAGUUCGUCUCGGAGGCCACAAAUAGGGCGACAGAGCGAAGAAUUAGCAGAAACGCAAUUGAAAACAAAAACAAAGGUAAGUUCAGGUAACAGAAAGUAAACAAAAAACACAAAACAAAGCGAGUGAGAGAGAGUGAGGAAGUGGUAGCAUGUCCGAUGCAAUGAGUGCACCGCCGCCUCUUAUACCGCAGCUGCAAGAAAUGCAGCAGCAGCAACAACAACAACAGCAGCAGCAGCAGCAGCAGGGUGGUAAUUCCGCAGCCCUGGCCCAGCAAUGGAACUACUGGUAUGCCAACCAAAAUGCUGCCGCCUACCAGCAACAAUAUCAGCAGUACUACCAAUACUGCAUGCGCUACCAGCAGCAACAGCAGCAGCAGGUAACCUCGACUGUGAGUGCGUCUAAUGCGCCGCCAGGCUUCAGCAAUGCGCUGGCUGCCCCGCCACCAUUGCCUACAGGUCCGCCGCCACCGCCUCCGCCCAAAGGCGGCCAGCUCGCUGGCAGCAACAUGAACAAGCAGCAGCAACAGCAGCAGCAGCAGCAAAAGAAUUUCGGGGGAAUACGAUUUAAUUUGAAUUUAAAUCAAAAGCGUUUGGCCAAUGCGCCCAACCCCCUGCAACAGCAACAGCAACAUCAACAGCAGCAGCUCCAACAGCAGCACAACCAACAAAUACACCAACAACAGCAGCAGCAGCAGCACCAACAACAGACCCAGCAAAUGUACAACAACAACAACAACAACCAAAAGAAGCGCAAGCGUAAUAACAACAAGAUAAACAAGAGCUAUGAGCAAACAGCAUAUAGCAAUCCAUUUACCAAUCACACCACACCCAUAGCUCCACCACCGCCCAUCAUUAGCGCCACCGAUGUAGGCGUGCUGGUCACGCCCGACUUGAGCAAGCCGCCGCCGCCACUGCCGCUGUCCAUAGUUGCGCCCACUGAGCCACCUCAGUCACAUCCUCCCCAGCAUCAGCAGCAGCAGCCACAUCAAUCCGUGGCUCCCCAAGCCCCAGCUGCAUCUGCAUCCGGAUCCACAUUUAAGCGUCCCAGCACCUUGCAAAUGGCCACCAACGACUCGUGGCCCGAUUCCCUUAACCAGUAUGUGGCCCGUUGCUACUCCAAGUGCAACACGGACCUUGACAAGGAUCAGAUUGACAUUUGUCUCAAGGGCAAGAUUAUAGCCGCUGCCAAUCGAAAUGAACUGUGGACGCGGGACUGGGACAACGAGGUGAUGCCGACGGUGCACAGCGAGCGGGAUGGCAUCGAUGUGGUGCUAAGCAAUGUUGCGCCGUCGCAGCCGCAGCGUAGCAACUACUUCCAAAAGAAGAUGGAACAGCAGGAGAGGGACCGUGAUCAUCGCGAGCAGCAGCAGGAAAAGACACCGCCGACAGGCAGCAAGGGCUCCUCGGGUAUUGUGAAUGCUUUCAAGCAAAAAGGCGGAAAUCAAUUCAACAAAGCCGCAUCUAACUACGGUUCAAACAACCGCCGCUCGUCGUCGUCCAGGUACUCCAGGAGUCGUUCGCGUUCGCCGGCAUCUUCGUUGAGUUCCUCGAAAUACUCGAAUAAGAAGCAGCGGUAUUCGCGUUCCCGGUCUCGUUCGCGUUCCCGCUCCCCACGCUCCCGCUCUCGGUCGCGUUCCCGCAGCAGUGAUGCCAGCAGUCCUCCGACGCGUAAGGUUAUUCGCAAAUCGGGCUCAAAUGAUUCCUUGAAUUUCAUACCAUUGACCGCCAAUCUCUCGCGAAAGCAGCAAAAAAUUCUGAUGAAGAAGGGGAAGCGGGCUGCCGCCGCCGCAGCAGCAGCGGCCGCCGGUGGUCAGGCGAAAAAGAAGCCACCACACUUUUACUCCAAUCAAUCGUCCGUGGGCGGAGCCGUUGAUGAUGACACAGCGCGCUUGCAACAGCGGGCGGCACGUUUCUCACAGCAGGGCUCCGGCUCGGCAAAGAAAUCUGUCGUCGCCAUUGCAAGCUCACCGUUUGGUCUCACCACGGCCAAGAAUAAGAAGAAGAUGAUGCAGCAGCAGCAACAGCAGCAGCAGCAACAUCGCUCUGCCUUCUACGAGGACACGGGCAACUUAGAUCUUCUCGAUUUGCAUAUUGUAGGUUCUUGUAGGGAAUUAGAAAAGUCUUUCCUUCGCCUGACCAAGGCGCCGUCGCCGUCGGAAGUGCGGCCAGUCGAGGUGCUGACCCAUUCGUUGGCCAACGUGAAGAGCAAAUGGCGUGUCAAUCAUGAUUAUCACUACGCGUGUGAUCAGCUUAAGUCCAUCAGGCAGGAUUUGACUGUCCAAGGUAUUCGCGAUCAGUUUACAGUGGAGGUGUACGAGACGCAUGCCCGCAUUGCCAUGGAGAAGGGCGACCAUGAGGAGUUCAACCAAUGCCAGACGCAAUUGAAGAUGCUCUACGCUGAGCUCGGGGGCCAGAGUGCCAAUUCCUUGGAGUUUACCGCCUAUCGCAUACUAUACUAUAUAUUUACAAAGAAUACCUUGGACAUAACAACUGUCCUGCGUUCGAUUACGGCUGAUCAGCGCGUGACCCCAGUCAUUGCCCACGCCUUAGAGUUCCGUUCGGCUUGGUCGUUGGGCAACUACUGUAAACUGUUUUCCCUUUACAAGUCGGCGCCGCUCAUGUCGGGCCAUAUGAUUGAGUGGUUCCUCGAACGAGAGCGCAAGACUGCUCUGCGAGUCAUUAUUAAAUCCUAUCGUCCCAACAUUAGCGUUGAUUAUAUUGCCAAUAUCCUGGCUUUUGAUAGUUCAGAAAAAUGCAAAGAGUGGCUCGACACAUUCAGUUUGCCUUAUGUCGCAAAUGGCGCGCAAGUCGAUUGUAAAAAUGCCGCUGCCAUUGCCAUUUGAUGUGUGACUUUCACACCAAGCAGAUCAGCUGCAAACAAUUUGAUUUUAUACCUCACGUUGCUAGCUAUCUAUAUGGCGGAAUACCGUGGAUAUUGCCUGUCCCCCUUUUUAACCAAAUUGUACAUAUAUUCUUAUAGGUUAUUUUAGUGGUCGCGAAUUCUAUGCGUUAGUUAGUUAGGGAGUGAAUAUUUUCAAGCAGUCGAUUUUCCCCUCCCUAUAAAUUAUUCGCUACUACAGGACCUGUCUUCGGUGCUUCGCAAGGAUCAGCAUGCUCUGCGAAAGUAAAACACGGCCAAAAACUACAUUUAAAUCAACUUUAAUUAUUUUAACUGCUGGAUUUAUAACAAGGAUCAAUUGGAAUACGGAUUAAAGGAUACUACACUACAGCUACCAGUAUUGUGGACAAAAAAGGAUCUUCAAUAAUAUCUGUUCUACUAGUUGGAAUGAUUGAUGCAGAAUACUUUCGUCUUUUAACCUCUUCUUUAGAAAAUCGGCAGCCCAUAAUCAAAGUCCUAUAUCUACAUAGGAGAUGCCUGCAAGACACCCAAAAUACUCGUUUAAAAUCAAUCAAAAAAACCUUACCCACAACCAGAAAACACCCUCAAUGAAUCAAUGUCCAGACCGCCAGUGAAAUCGCCACAACAAGACCCUCAAUAACAAGAACUCCACUAAACCGCGAACACUCACAAAACUAACAUGAAAUAAUAUAAAACCUAUAGACAAACAUAAAACCAGAUGCCAACACGAAAUUGCAAGAGCCCAAGUGCUGUGUGUGCUGUGUUUCGUUGUGUGGUUAUUACUCAACUCAUCGUACAUUUAUACGCCCCCCCCUUCAUUCAUUUUCAUUUUUAAACUAGUUGUAAGAUUUAGACUUAAUGUUUGUUGUCUUAUUUAAAUUAUUUCCAAAAAAGAUUAUACUAAUGUUCUGUCUCUCUAUUGUAUACCUGUAUAUAAACUAUAUACAAACAUCGCUUCCACAACAAUCGUCAAUCAACGAGAACGAGCCAGCAACAAUCAUCCAGAGCCGCUUUAUAACCAUCUGUGGAACACCAAAGGCAGAGAGACCACAACCCGAGGGAUGAGCAACCAUACAUCCAAUCAGCCAAAAGGGAAGCCGAGAAAUCACCUUCAGACUUCUGUGCGACAUUUGUAAGCUCUUCCAAUUUUAAUUCGUCACUAAAUAAGCAACAAGCUGUAUACAAAAUUUAAGUCGUCGGGAUUUAACAUUAGCAAUUGGCGCUAAGAUCAUGAAUUCUCUAUUAUUUUUUUAAUCUAAAUAGAGAGAGAGAUAGAAAGAGGAAGUUUGACCAGAAACUAAACUCUUCUUAUUAUGUAUGUUUAGGGAUUAGUAGGUAUCUUCCUAGGCUAAGUUUAAUUGUUAAAAUUAUUUUUAGUUUUCUUGAAUGUUGGAACAAAGUAAUCGAAAAGAAUUCAAGUCUUUAAAAGCAAAUCCAUCUUGCAAAUAAAUAAAAUCCUGCGAGAGCCCAUAGGCAUGAGAAGCGAGACCGCAUCCAAAUAUCCCGCUUUAAAAACGUAAACAAA